UGAGCCGGGCCCUUCUGCCGGCGCUCCGCGCCUAGCAGCGCCCGCACGGUGCCCGCUCCGCGCCCUCUGCCCGCUCUGCUCCGGGCACCGAGACCGGAGCGGGGCCGCGCUCGCCCCCUGCGGCCCCGGAGGCCCCGGCGGAAGCGGCGCGGAGCGCACAUGGCGCUGUACAGCGCGGCGGCCGCGGUGCUGGCGGGGCUGGAGCGCGGCGAGGGCGGCCUCAAGAGCCUCGUGUACAACAGCGGCUUCCCGCAUGUCCGGCAGCUCUACGCGCUGGUGUCCGAGACCCUCCGCUACGCCUCCGUGCUGGAGAAGCUGCUGGAUAGAGCCGCCCUGCUGCAGGCCGAGAAGAAGCUGACGCCGCAGCUGGCGAAGGUCUUGGUGUAUGACCUGCUCUUCGGCAAGGGGCUGAAAUGCGGGGGCCGGUGGAAGGCCCUGGCCCGGCGGCACCGGGCACGGCUGGAGGCCGAGCUGGCCCGCAUGAAGGUGCGGCGUAAGGUGAGCCGCAACGAGGACCUGCUGGCCCCGGAGAAGGCAGUAAGCGCCGCAGCCUCCCAGGUCCCACGCUACAUCCGGGUCAACACCCUGAAGACUUGUGUGGACGAUGUGAUCGAGUUCUUCAAGCACCAGGGAUAUGCCUAUCUGGGCAAGGCAGCCAGUGUGGAGGAGCUGAAGGCCCUUUCUGGAAAAAAAUUCUUGUUGGAUCCGCAUCUUCCGGAGCUGUUGGUUUUCCCUUCGCAGACAGACCUCCAUGACAACCUGCUGUAUACUUCAGGACACAUAAUUCUGCAGGACAAGGCCAGCUGCCUCCCUGCUUUCCUCCUUGGCCCUGUUGCUGGCUCCCAUGUCAUCGAUGCCUGCGCCGCCCCUGGAAACAAGACAAGCCACCUGGCUGCCAUCCUGAAGAAUAAGGGACAGAUCUUUGCCUUUGAUGUGGAUGCCAAGCGCAUGGCCACCAUGAAUACAUUGCUGACACGGGCAGGGGUCACUGGCUGCCAGCUGGUCCAGCAAGACUUCCUGACUGUGGACCCCAGAGACCCCAAAUACAGCAGGGUAACCCACAUCCUUCUUGACCCAUCCUGCAGUGGCUCAGGGAUGGUGACACGGGGGCCAGAGGAGGAGGCGGCCCUGAGUGCUGAACGCUUGCAGGCACUGGCUGGCUUCCAGCGCCGCAUCCUCAGCCAUGCCCUGAGCUUUCCAGCUCUCCGGCGCCUUGUCUACUCCACCUGCUCCCUACACCAGGAAGAGAACGAGGAUGUGGUACAGGCUGUACUGCAGGAGUGGGGCUCGGCCUUCAGGCUGGUGACUGCCUUCCCAUCCUGGUCUUGCCGAGGACUCGCAGCCUUCUCUGGAGCAGAGAGCUGCCUCCGUGCUUCCCCUGCAGAGACCCUCACUCAUGGCUUCUUCGUGGCUGUGCUGGAGCGGUGCAGGGAAGGGGCUGCUGACCCAAGCUCCGUGCCUGCAGCAGCUAAGGAGAACCCACAGCCAGGAAAGGGAGCAGAGCCAGGAGCAGCUCUCAAGAAGAGGAAAAAGAAAAAGCAGCGGGUAAAAGAGUGAAACAACAUUUUCUGGACAAACCCCUGCACAGCUGGGGCUGUGGGGAACACAUACUGGCCUGAACACAAGUCAAGCUAUGUGCUGUGUAACACUGGGGACUGAGUGCCAAUGCUGGGACCACCCUAGUGCUGGGAAGGGGCAACCGCUCACCCAGAGCUGCCCCUUGCAGCCAACCCCCACCCCCAGGUUUGCUCCCAAGGCAAUCCCCACUCUGCACCCUGCAGGGCUGGGGUCCUCCAGUUCAUCAUGUUCCUUCCAAAAAAAAAAAAAAAAAUCACUGUAGGGAUGAAGCAGAUUAAAAGUUUCUCUCCGCUGUUUUUG